AUGGCUGACCCCGUCGCUGCGAAAUCCGGUUUCCUUUGCAUGUACAUGUCGAACCAUCCGGACACCUUGGUGGGAUAUGUAAAACACCAUGGGAACGUCAAGGAGAGCGUAGAGAGCGCACAGAUGACUGUCAUUGACACGAAAGGAAUGACGCUGUCGUACAAAGUUAAGGGCGGAGGAGCAGGGAAGCAGGUUCGCGUCCCGUUCGACCCUCCGUUGGCUGGCUACGAAGAAGUAAAGCCACGCCUCCUGAGCAUGAAGGUGGACGCCGAAGAGGCCCUCGGCAUGGCACGCGCACCCCAGGUCACCACUAUCCGUCUACCGUCUCUGGGAUUACUCACAGGAGGGCUGAUGCUCCUGCUGUUUUACGUGACAUGGGCACCUAGCCCGUCCUCGCUGCACUACCGUUCAGACCUCUUCUGGCCCGCUCAUGCGAUACGCACGGCCCUACCGCCGUGGGCCGUCGCCGCGUCGUGGUGGAUCAUGCUGCCUGCGCACUCCUUGGAGGCGUUGUACACCUUCACCCUUUGCAGGAAGUAUCGCACGCCAUUCGGUAUCGGGUUGCAAAUACCUGGGUACUUGCGGCGGAACUCUCACAAUAUGGAUCUUAGUGAUCCAAAUUUCCUACGCACUCUGGCAGCCUGGGCAGACACUGGGCAGGGCAGGUCUUUGUCGGAACUGCUUAACAGCAAUGAUCCACUCCAAGGUCCCGAGUCACAGAGACUGAGGUCGUAUUUUACCUCAAAUUGGAUGGAGCCCGACCGUGACCUCGACGAGUAUGGUCGCAGAAUCAUGAUGGGUGAUCUUGCUAGCGUUCAAGACGACUUUGCCCGCCGAGAGUCGCAGCACAUGGCAGAGGCCGACACGACGGAGGCCGCUCGAGCAGAUGCAGCGCAGGAGCUAUACAGCCUUCGCUGGGGCCCUACGCGGGUGCCCAUAUUCAACCUGAUCCUCCUCUGCACCUUAAUUGAGCCCCGCUCGCGGGCCGGGCACCUGGCUAUCGCACGCUGGCUCAUCGCGGACGCCAAGGUGCCCGUGGACGGCACCGAUCUGUCUGGGUCACAAGCGAUCUACCACACCAUCUCAACAAAGCCGACAUUCGACCCAGAGUACGGGCAGCUGCUAUACGACGCGGGGGCGAACGUGAACCACCGCAACCGGUACGGCGGCACUGCGGCCCACGAGAUGGCGCUCAUCUGGGACUACACGAAGAAGGAGCCUGCGCAGCGCGCGGCGGACGGGCUCGCAUGGGAGGAUGAACGGAGGAAGCGACUUGGGAUGAAGAUUUUGCUCGCGAUGCAGGAAGGCGUCGUACUGCGCAGCUCCGAGAGCAUGCCAGAAGGCCGACUGGCCAAAGCACAAACAGACGUGCAAUCAUUUGAAGCCAUCGACCGCAGGGAUGACCUAUCUGGGCGUGAAGCUUGCACCUUGGGUCGUACAACCAUACAAAAGUGCAUUGCAUUCCGAGCAACUGUCUUCUUCUCGGCAUUGAAUGCCUAA